CGUGCGUUCAGAGAGAUAAGCAGCAGCUGCUGCUACUGUACUAAAGGAGGAGGAAGAAGAGAGAGAGAGAGAGAGCAAUGGGUGACGAGGCGAUGAGAGACAGAGGAGAGGAGGAGGAGACGGGCGCGACGAAGAGGAAGGAUGCGGGCGCGACGAAGAAGGUGGCCUUCUUCGGCAUGUUCAGGUACGCCACGCGCGCCGACCUUGCGCUGAUGGGCGUGGGCACGGUGGCGGCAAUGGUGAACGGCAUGUCGGAGCCGCUCAUGACGGUGGUCUUUGCCGCGGUCAUCGAGUCCUUCGGCGGCAGCGACAACAGCGCCGUCCUCCACCGGGUCAGCAAGGUUGUUAUGUACUACAUCUAUUUGGGAAUUGGGACGGCACUAGCUUCAUUUCUCCAGGUGUCAUGCUGGACAAUGGCUGGAGAAAGGCAGUCAGCACGACUCCGAUCUCUCUACCUCGAAGCUGUUCUCAAGCAGGAUGUUUCAUUCUUUGAUGUGGAGAUGACAACCGGGGAAGCAAUUUCUAGAAUGUCUGCAGAUACUGUACUGGUACAAGAUGCUCUUGGAGAGAAGGUAGGAAAGUAUGCACAGCUUUUGACAACCUUUGUUGGAGGUUUUGUCAUCGGAUUCGUAAGAGGCUGGACGUUAGCUCUGGUUAUGCUGGCAUGCAUACCUCCAAGUAUUCUCUCUUUUGCAACCGUCUCUCGACUACGUGCUCAAAUAUCUGCCAGGAGGCAAGCAUCAUACGACGACGCAGGCAAUGUUGUCGAGCAGAGCAUCAGAGCUAUAAGAACGGUUGUCUCCUUCAAUGGUGAGAAGAAAGCAGUAGCAUUGUAUAAUGCUCUCAUAAAAAAGGCGUACAAGGCUACUGUAUUGGAAGGGCUUGUCACCGGUCUUGGAAUAGGCUGUAUCUUUUGUGUUGUCUUCUGCAGUUACUCUCUAGCCUUUUGGUAUGGCGCGAAGUUAAUCAUCAGCAAAGGAUAUACUGGAGGGCAGGUCAUCAAUGUUGUAUUUGCAAUUCUUACCGGAUCAAUGGCUAUAGGUAAUGCAUCACCCUCAAUUUCUGCUAUUGCAGAAGGCCAAUCUGCAGCACACAGGUUGUUUGAAAUAAUUAACAGAAAACCAAAGAUUGACAUCAGCGACACUUCUGGAAUAGUAUUAGAUGAUAUCAAGGGUGAUGUCGAACUCAAUAAUGUGUUCUUUAGAUACCCAGCAAGGCCUGAGCAGUUGAUACUUAAUGGGUUGUCUCUACAAGUGCCUAGUGGUACUACCAUGGCUAUAGUUGGAGAGAGUGGAAGUGGAAAAUCAACAUUAAUUAGUCUGGUAGAGAGAUUCUACGACCCACAGGCUGGUGAAGUGCUGAUAGAUGGAAUCAACAUCAAGAAUUUGAAACUCCAGUGGAUAAGGGGGAAGAUCAGUCUUGUUAGCCAGGAACCAUUGCUUUUUAUGACCUCCAUCAAAGAUAACAUAACCUAUGGUAAAGAGGAUGCUACGCUUGAGGAGAUCAAGAGAGCAGCUGAGCUGGCAAAUGCAGCAAACUUCAUCGAAAAACUGCCUAAUGCAUAUGAGACAAUGGUUGGUCAGAGUGGUGCUCAGCUUUCUGGAGGGCAGAAGCAAAGGAUCGCCAUUGCAAGAGCAAUCCUUAAAAAUCCAAAAGUCCUUCUGUUGGAUGAAGCUACUAGUGCUUUGGAUGUAGAGUCUGAGCGAGUAGUUCAAGAAGCACUAAAUAGGAUCAUGGUAGGGAUAACUACGCUCAUUGUUGCUCACCGUCUGAGUACAGUCAGGAAUGCAGAUUGCAUAACAGUGGUUCAUCAAGGAAAGGUAGUUGAACAAGGUGCCCAUGAUCAGUUGAUCAAGGAUCCUGAUGGAGCUUACUGUCAGCUUAUUAAGUUACAACAGGUCCAUACCGAAGGAAUGCAUGAGGUGCCAUAUGCGUCAGAUUCAAGACUUAAAAGUAGAAGUUUAUCUUUGGAACAAUCUAUGAGAGAUUCACCCAGGAAUAGAAGACAACACUCUGUAAAACCCCUAGGACUCUCUGGAUCUGAUGAUUUGCAGGGGCCUGCUAAUACCAGCAGUCAAGAGCACAAGGAAUUUGGUGAUAGUGAGGCUCCUCAGAAAGCACCAAUUGGACGCCUUUUUAACCUUAAUAAGCCAGAAGCACCAAUUCUCCUAUUAGCUGUUAUAGCUGCUUUUGUGCAUGGACUUCUUUUCCCUUUAUUCAGUAUUAUGAUGUCUGGUGGUAUAAGGACAUUCUACUAUCCAGCGCACCAACUUCGAAAAGAUUCAAGGUUUUGGGCAUUGCUAUGCCUUCUGUUGGCAAUCAUUUCUCUGAUUGCAAUCCAAUUGGAAUUUUUCUUAUUCGGAAUGGCUGGUGGGAAACUUGUAGAACGUGUCCGUGCUUUGUCUUUCCAGAGCAUCAUGCAUCAAGAGGUUGCUUGGUUCGAUGAUCCUUCUAAUUCCAGUGGUGCACUUGGUGCAAGGCUGUUUAUUGAUGCUUUGAACAUCCGACGCCUUGUAGGAGAUAACUUGGCCAUACUAGUGCAGUGCACAAUAACACUUAUUUCUGGCUUCGCCAUAGCAUUUGCUUCUGACUGGAAGCUUACACUGAUCGUCAUAUGUGUCAUUCCUUUUCUGGGUUUACAGAAUUAUAUUCAAGUAAAGUUCUUGAAUAGUUUCAGUGAAGAUGCUAAGGUGAUGUAUGAAGAUGCAAGUCAAGUUGUAGCCGAAGCAGUCGGCAGUAUUCGAACUGUAGCAUCUUUCUGCGCAGAGAAGAGAGUAAUUACGAUGUACAGCAAAAAAUGCCAAGCUACAAUGAAACAGGGAAUUAGAAGUGGAAUGGUUGGAGGCCUCGGAUUCAGUUUCUCAAACUUAAUGUUGUAUCUCACAUAUGCUCUUUGUUUCUAUGUUGGUGCACAGUUUGUACAUGACGGCAAAUCAACCUUUAAAGAUGUUUUCAGAGUAAGAUGCACGCAUUUGACAUGUGAGGUUUUUUUAUUCAGUGACUUGACAAAUCGGCCUGGUUGUUUGCAGGUUUAUUUUGCUUUGGUUUUCACAGCUUUUGGAAUUUCCCAAACAAGUGCAAUGGCAUCAGAUUCAACAAAAGCUCAAGAGUCCACAACAUCCAUACUAGCUGUCAUAGACAGGAGGUCCAAAAUUGACCCAACUAGUGAUGAAGGCAUAAAGCUAGAGAAAGUUGAUGGCAACAUAGAUUUCAACCAUGUGAGCUUCAAGUACCCAUCCCGCCCAGAUGUCCAAGUAUUCAGUGACUUUACUCUGGGCAUUCCCUCCGGAAAGACUACUGCACUUGUUGGAGAGAGUGGCAGUGGCAAGUCCACAGUAAUUGCUUUGCUAGAGCGAUUCUAUGAUCCAGACUCUGGCACAAUCUCACUAGAUGGAACAGAACUCAAAAACUUAACACUGAGUUGGUUAAGAGACCAGAUGGGGCUGGUAAGCCAAGAACCAGUACUUUUCAAUGACACGAUUCGUGCCAACAUAGCAUAUGGAAAGCGCGGAGAAGCAACUGAAGAAGAGAUUAUCACCGUGGCCAAGGCGGCCAACGCUCAUGAGUUCAUAUCGAGCUUGCCUCAGGGAUACAACACCAACGUUGGUGAGAGAGGAACACAACUAUCUGGUGGGCAAAAACAACGGGUAGCUAUUGCAAGGGCAAUCUUGAAGGACCCUCGGGUACUUCUGCUCGAUGAGGCAACAAGUGCCCUGGACGCUGAAUCAGAGCGCAGUGUUCAAGAUGCAUUGGACAAGGUGAUGGUGAGCAGGACCACCAUUGUUGUAGCACACCGUCUCUCGACAAUCAAAGGGGCGGAUACAAUCGCAGUGAUCAAAGAUGGUUCAGUUGCCGAGAAGGGGAAGCAUGAAUCGCUCAUGGGCAUCAAGGGUGGAGUCUAUGCAUCGCUGGUCGAGCUACACUCAAAGGCGUCAGCGUCAUAAAAGGGUGUGUGCAGAUUUAUAUCGUUCAGAUCUUUUUCACAACUAGUAGAAGAUAAAGACUGCAUUGUGUAUUUUGUAUUAGAAGUCGUGUGAUGUAAAUGUACGGAAAUUUUAAGCCAAUCGCCUGUAAUUCUUGUUUUGGCUUGGCCUAAGACAUCAGAGGUAAGAUUGCCUCAGCAUAGCAUCUGUUUUAGUUGUUCUAGCUACUGCAGAUUGCCGAUGUAUGCAUUAAUAGAAAGAAAAAGCAUAUCACUCCAGUGCA